UUGGAACUUGACUUUCUGAGUACAUUCGAUUAAUAAAUUUGACGGACCUUUUUCAGAUCAUGUUUAAGAUCUUACAUUUAAGUCGCAGCGUCCAUGCAUCAAGUAUACACCGUCAAAUAUGUGGACGUCAUUCGGUUAGUUUAUCUUCUUGCCAUGGAAAAAAGUUGCUUCACUCUGGCAACAUCUACAACUGCUCCAUAAACGCUCGGAGGAGUGGAAAUGCCAAACAACAUAGGUAUCAUCAUGAAAGCACGAAACGCUUUUCAUCGGCCAAGACAACUGUGCGAAUCGGAUGCGCUUCGGGUUUCUGGGGAGACACAGCAACUUCAGUCCCCCAGCUCAUAUAUGGAGGGAAGCUGGACUUCUUGGUUUUCGAUUACCUCUCAGAAAUCACAAUGUCACUGCUCACAGCUGCCAAAGCAAAGGUUCCUAACAUGGGAUAUGCUCCCGAUUUUGUGCAAGUUGCCAUAUCUCCAUUCAUCAAAGACAUCCAUAAAAAAGGGAUCCGGGUGGUCAGCAACGCUGGGGGAGUGAACCCGCUGGCGUGCGCCGCGGCCUUGCAGGAGGUGGUGCAGAAAGCUGACCUGAACCUCAAGAUCGCCGUGGUAACCGGGGAUGACCUGAUGCCUGAGAAAGACUCAUUAAAAGAGCUUAGGAUGGCAGACUCUGAAAGUAGGAAGCCGCUUCCCAAAGGCGUUCACAGCAUGAACGCUUAUCUGGGCGCUUUACCCAUCAAGAGGUGCCUGGACCUGGGUGCGGAUAUUGUUGUGACUGGGCGAUGUGUGGACAGCGCGGUGGUGCUGGGCCCCCUCAUGCAUUCGUUUGGGUGGAAACAGACCAGCUAUGACUUGCUGGCAGCCGGAAGCCUUGCAGGCCACCUGAUUGAAUGUGGGGCUCAGUGCACCGGAGGCAUAUUCACAGACUGGCACAAGGUUCCAGACUGGGACAACAUGGGCUUUCCCGUGGUGGAGUGCUCCGCGGACGGGUCAUUCGUGCUGUCCAAGCCGCCGAAGACGGGGGGCCUGGUGUCCUUCGGCACGGUGGCGGAGCAGCUGGUGUAUGAGAUCGGGGACCCAGAGAGUUACCUCCUCCCAGACGUCACCUGCGAUUUCUCCCGGGUCACAAUCACCGAAGUGCCAGAUGUGGACGGAGGAGCGGUCAAGGUUGUGGGCGCCAGAGGGUCGCCCCCGCCCAGCGAUUACAAGGUGUGUGCCACCUACAUGGACGGGUACCGGGCCACGGCCGUCUGCCCUGUGGGAGGCCCGCGAGCUGCAGAGAAGGCCCGACGAACAGCGGAGAGCAUCAUCAAGAGAACACGGAGGAUCUUCCAGCAGCUGGGCCUGGAGGACUACAGCGCUGUCAACGUGCAGGUGCUCGGUGCUGAAGACACUUACGGACCGCACGGCAACAGCAGCAACGUACGUUCCUCUUCUGUUUUCAUGGAUUUUAUUCAGCGCGUUAUAAAGUCCCUUUUCUCUUCGUAAAAUGGCUGAUGUUGUC